UUACGUUAAUAAAAGACUACUACCUGAGCCAAAUGACUGUGCAGCGGCUGGCUAACCUGUGAAUGAUUCAGCCAGUCUUGUAGUCAGGGUGACACGGUUUGUUUUGUUCCCGUCUACCGUCGGUUCAUCUGCUGAUCUUUAUCCCUUUUUUAGCGUUUGCUGCUCAGUGUCCACCUCUUCACCACAGCUCGCUUAUCUCACACAACUUCGUUUCAGUUACAACACGGCUGUCUUCGGUCGGUUCCGCGGUCCGUUACUUGAUUUCCAAAAAUACAUCAACCUGUGCGUGUGCACUGUUUUUGUCUUUCGCUAACAAAUGUCAACAAAACGACUUUGACGUCACUUCUGAUCACACUGACGCAAUUUCCGAGUAGCAAUUGUAGUUUUUUAAAUAAUUUUCACAUGUCAGACCCUCUGUUGUCCGACAUUUUCGCUUUUAGCGUCGUCCAAAUAUCCCCAAAUAUCGAUAUAUAGCUUGCUGUGAAGUAAGCAUUUAUUCGUCUUGCUUGUGGGUUUCACAAAGCAAAAUUCAUCUUAAAGCAACGGUCCUAGCUUUCCAGCUGAAAUGCAUCCUGGGAGAGUUUGAACAUGGCAGCCUGCAGAGUUUCGCUGGAUUACCGUAGAGCUUAAAGAUUAUUUUGACCUCAUGAGCUUAUUAUCACUGAAAAAGGAAUAAAGCAUGCUUCAGUUGCUCAGUUGUAGAGCAAACAUCGCUGCUGUACCAUUACGGCCAUUGUCGUUGCACUGCCGGUGCAAUAAAAGUGCAGACUUAUGGAAGUUUUCACGGUGGUACACAUCCCCAGGGUCUAAUGCAAACAGCUCCUCACAGCAGCGUGGCGGUGCUGUCAGUCGCAUUUGGAGCCUGACUCAGAGAGCUGUCCGUCAGUCCACCACCAGGACAUCGAAACCCCCAGGAGUAGCUUUGAAGUUUAUCCUGGGACCAGCAGUACUUACUGUUUCAGCUCGACUGUUUUGCCAUGUAGCCCACUGUGAGGCAGAUGUGAAUAAUAACACCCCCGUGGAAGUUGUAGCCAAAAACCCAGUGCCUGACUUCAAAUGGCACGUUCUGUGGGAAUUUGUAAAACCUCAGCUGUUCGCUCUCGUCUGUGCUGUUGUGCUCGCUUUUGGUGCUGCUAUCUUGAACAUUCAAAUCCCCUUGAUGCUCGGUGAUCUGGUAAAUGUUGUGGCACGCUACCUGAGAGAAAAUACUGGGAAUUAUGUUCAUGAGAUAAGAGGUCCAGCCCUGAAAUUACUUGGACUGUAUGGUAUCCAGGGACUGUUGACGAGUGGGUAUAUUGUUCUGCUCUCGAGGGUGGGAGAAAGAGUGGCGGCAGACAUGAGAAAGACCCUUUUUGCAUCCUUACUGAGACAAGACGUGGCUUUCUUCGAUGCCAAUAAAACCGGGCAGCUGGUGAAUCGUUUGACUGCUGACAUUCAGGAGUUCAAGUCAUCCUUUAAACUCGUUAUUUCUCAGGGUCUGCGGAGUAUUACACAGACAGUUGGAUGUUUUGUCUCCCUCUAUGUCAUUUCUCCAAAACUCACAGGUUUGACAGUACUUGUCCUCCCCUGUCUAGUGGGAGCAGGAGCUCUCAUUGGCUCAUUCCUUCGCAGACUAUCCCGCUUGGCUCAAGAGCAGGUAGCAAAGGCGACAGGGGUGGCAGAUGAGGCACUUGGUAAUGUGCGCACAGUAAAAGCUUUUGCGAUGGAGGAACGAGAGCUCCAGUUAUAUGCAUAUGAAGUUGACAAAUCAUGUGAAAUGAAUGAAAAUCUUGGUACUGGGAUUGCCAUUUUCCAAGGGCUGUCAAACAUUGCCCUGAACUGCAUUGUCCUUGGAACUAUUUUUGCUGGAGGAACUUUAAUUACAAGCAAUGAAAUGUCUCCUGGAGACCUAAUGUCCUUUUUGGUUGCCUCUCAGACUGUUCAGAGGUCUUUGGCCAGUAUCUCCAUACUUUUCGGGCAAGUGGUAAGAGGAAUGAGCUCUGGGGCUCGGGUUUUUGAAUACCUUGCUUUGCAGCCCACUAUCCCCCUCUCUGGAGGAGGACGCAUCCCAUACCAUUCACUCACAGGAAGAGUGGACUUCAUGAAUGUCUCGUUCAGUUAUCCAACGAGACCAGGCCAUCAAGUCUUGCAGAGGUUCAGUUUGACACUACCACCCAGUAAAACAGUCGCCAUUGUUGGAGAAUCUGGAGGAGGAAAGUCCACAGUGGCGUCCCUGCUGGAGCGUUUCUAUGACCCUACCAGCGGCGUAGUCAUGUUGGACGGCCUCGACAUUCGAACACUUGACCUUUGCUGGCUCAGGAGCCAAGUUAUCGGAUUCAUCAAUCAGGAGCCAGUUUUGUUUGGAUCAUCCGUCAUGGAGAACAUCCGUUUUGGGAAGCCUGAGGCUACAGAUGCUGAGGUCAUUAAUGCAGCAAAGCAAGCCAAUGCUCACGGCUUCAUCACGGGUUUCCCAGACGGCUAUAACACCGUGGUUGGUGAGCGAGGUGUGACAUUAUCAGGUGGACAGAAACAACGCAUUGCCAUUGCCCGCGCUUUGAUCAAGAACCCCAGUAUUCUGGUGCUGGAUGAAGCCACAAGUGCUCUGGAUGCAGAAUCAGAGCGAGUGGUGCAAGAGGCUCUGGACAGAGCCACAAGGGGUCGCACUGUGCUCAUCAUCGCCCACCGAUUAAGCACCAUUCAAAGGGCUGACUUGAUCUGCGUGAUGAGCAAUGGUCGUAUUGUGGAGGCUGGGACACAUGUGGAACUGCUGAGCAAAGGAGGAUAUUAUUCUGAUCUCAUCCGCAGGCAAAGAGCUGAGGGGCAAAAAUGACCACACCCAUAUUUGUUUACAGUAGCUGUAUAAUACUGUAUAAUGGUGUUUAUUUUGAAAUGCAUAGCAAGACGUGUGGAAAAUUAAUUAUUUAAAAUGUACUGUAAAUUUGCCAGCUCUGUGACUAGUUUUAUGAGAACUUACAAAUGUGUAUGAACAAAUGGACCAAUGUGGAUCGGCCUGUGAUGAACAAAUUACACUACUGUAUGCGCUGUUAUUUCCAGUAUUGUUGAUAGAAUGAUAGAUUAUAAUGUGCUGGAACAAAAUAUUAAAAUUACUUAAAUGAA